UUCUUCUCUAAUUACGUAUGCUGAACUACUUCCAGACAAUCAGGUUGUGAAGGUUUCCGAGGGCACUUUUGCGUGGGAUGAGACAGAAUUCUCAGCAACACUGAAGAGCAUCAAUAUCAGUGUACAGAAAGGUCAAUUAAUUGCAGUAGUGGGCAGAGUAGGGCAUGGAAAAAGCUCCCUGCUUCAAGCACUGUUAGGAGAAAUGGACAUACUUCGCGGAUAUGUUGGUAUAAGUGGAUGUAUUGCAUAUGUCCCUCAAAAACCUUGGAUGCAGAACCAAAGUAUCAGGCAGAACAUUACUCUCGGAAAAAGAUAUGAUGAGUUUUUUUACAACCGUGUGUUAGAUGCCUGUGCUCUAUAUCCUGAUCUUCACAGUCUUCCUAACGGAGAUAUGACAGAAAUCGGAGAACAGGGCAUCAAUCUCUCUGGAGGGCAGAAGGCUCGUAUUUCUUUGGCGAGAGCUGUUUAUCAAAAUCACGACAUUUACCUUCUUGACGACCCAAUGAGUGCCUUGGAUUGGCAAGUUGGAGCACAGGUCUUCUCGUCAGUGAUUGGGCCUGAUGGAAUGUUGAGGAACAAAACCAGAAUUCUAGUGACAAAUGAAUUAAAGAUUCUAAGGCAUUCAGAUAUGAUCUACGUGAUGGAAAGUACGUCCCGGAAACAGCAAAAUUUACUUUAA